GCCGGCAAGAGUGCGUUUUACUUGAGCGAUCGGGAGAGCAGUGAGUACAGCACAAACUCCGCGCAACCAAAAGGAGACAAAACAAAAGUUCAACAAUCAUACCGUUCGCUUGCCGCGAUUCUCGUGGUAACCGUGUACGCACACCAACAAACGAAGCCUCACGAUCAAAGCGCCGUGCCGUGCGAUCGUGUCGCCAGCAGCUUCGCAGGGCGAGAGCGAGCGAGAUCGCAUAAGAACCACGUCGGCACGCUCGGUGACGUAGUGUGCGUGUGCCUGGGUGCACCAUACCUCGUUAUCGUCGUUUUCUUCGCCAUCGAACGCGAACGUUCACUCCACUCGCGGAAGUUCAGCGUUGCAGUUGAGGCGUUGCAGUCGAAGAGCUCCCGAACGAAGCGCAGUGCGCAACAGUUAUCUAGUUAACAUUCGUCAAACACCCGAGUGAUCUUUUUCGAGUGGAUCCCAUUUUUUUUGUUUGUUCGUUUCACUCAUUUGUUUAGUGCGCUUUUAUCGUGUUUUAUUCGUCUCUUGACUGUCGUGAUUAGGAAGGGCUAGAGUUUUUUUUGUUGUACGCUUUGUUAAAAAAACUGAAAGAUGUCGUCCAAAGUGCAAGAUACCCGCAACGGGAAUGCCACCACUCCAAGCAACACCAAUAACGACACCGAUGUGACACCGUCAAGCGCGGCGGCACUGUUGCCGCAUCUCGAAUCGCUCGACCGGAUGCUGAAACUGCCGGUGGUCGACGCAACCUGGCAGCAAACGCAGAACGUGUACGGCCGCGUGAAAGAUUCAAAUCCAUUGCUCAGUUGGGCGCUUGGGACGGCCGAAGAUGUUGUGUGCCGGGCGGUUACUAUCUCCGCACCGCUGGUGCAACGGCUCGAUCGCCCACUGCAGCUGGUAGACCAGACACUUGUCAAAGGCAUCGACAAGUUGGAAGUAAAUGCACCCAUCAUCAAGGAGCAACCGGCCGAGAUCUAUCAACAGGCACGUACCCGCGUCAUCGAAACAGUUAAGCCGCACAUCGAAAAGGUGUGUGAGCUGCGCUCAGCCUCACAGCAGCGGGCCGCUUCGCUGAAAGACCUUUCGUGGAAGAAAGCCAAUGAGGUGCUGGCAACCCAGUACGGUAGCCUGGCGGUAAACGGCGUGGAUACUACCGCUCAGCUUGCAGAACGAUUGCUUGACUACUACUUCCCCAAGGCGGAAACUGACGCCGAUGACGAUAACGGUAAGAAGUCGUCUUUUUUGUUGCCAAUCUCUGCCAAGGACGAUCCAGUGCUGCACACCGUCCAGACGGUCGGUCGUCUAUCGAACAAAGUGGCCCGCCGUGUCUACCGCACCGUUUCGAAGCAAGUGAAGUCGUUGCGAAAGGAAGAUGUACGGGAUUACGUUGCGACGCUCAUUGCCGUACUGCGCCUGACUCAGUAUCUGAACUUCAUCAACGAGAAACGGCAGUCGAUCGAAAGUGGAUCCUCGAGCCAAACGAAGGAAGCAACACUACCCACGGUUUCCAGCAGCUCCACCUCCGCAACUUCCGCCAGCACGUCGGACGUGGUGGCCACAACAAAGAACAGUAAAACGCUCCAGCAGGAACAGAACUGAGGGAGAGCGGCUAGCUCAAGGAAGCAAGCCCCGGAAUGUCAUAUUCCUUGGUUGUUGUAACAGUAAACUACAAUCAACGGGAAGCGUUCUUGGAGAGCUACUACCGAGAAUGAAAACAUGAUACCGUACCUCUCUCUCUCUCUCUCUCUCGUACUAACACUAACAACUUCCCUACGCCAGACAAUCUAUCAAUAUCCUUUCUUCCAGUAAGAGGUGGAACACGUACCAUGGGCCAGCCAAAGUUAGUGAUAGCGUUAUGCGCCCAGAUAGGCCUUUCUAUGACACAGUAGAUGUGAAAUAGAGACACACGGAACACGAACCGGGAUGGAAGAUAAACGAUUAGCAGCGCACUAGCAGUUAUCCUUAUAUUUGUUUGGUUUUUUCGAAAAUUUUAACGUAACGUAAAGCAAGUACCGUAUAUAUUACGUGCAAAGACAUUUAUGCGCACCGUAUAAAAAUCAUAAUGAGUGCGUGAGUGUGCGUGUUGCGGCGGAUUGGACUAGGGUCGCACACCCCAAAUACUUCUAUCCCCAUUUGCACCCGCCAAAACGUGCCAAAGUGUAAUGUUUCGUUCUUUCCCCUUCAUUUUACUGACCGCGGUCGUAUCGCUCUGAUGCCACCUGGUUGCCCGAGGGUGCUUUAUUAUUCGAUUACUGUGCGAUUAUUCUAUUAGUCUAUAUUUGUCAAUUUACAUUUGCCUACAUACUACUGGAUCGCUAGCGGGCGUCCCGCAAGCGAGAGCCCUGCAGCGCAGUAUGCUUAAGGAUCGACGCCGCGCACUGCAUGUCAUAGCGAAUGCACCCUUCUUUGUUAUUUGAAGGCCUUUAUGUGGAAUUAUGCAUGUGUUUAUAUUUUGUUCAAUUCUUUAUGUUUAUAAUAAAAAACGUAAUGCGAUUU